CACUGGAGCAAGAUCAUGACUUCGCUCAACGAGUCAGAUGAGACCUCCCCUCCCUCUUUCCCGCUCUCCUCCAUUGAGCACAAUUUCUCCCACUUCAUCGACCGUGACCCUUCACCCUUCCCCACCUCCUCCCCCUACUCGCUGACGUCCUCCAACUGCACCAGCUCUCCGGCAGCUUCCUCUCCUCCGUACAACUUCUAUGCGGUGCUGCUGGUGCUCCUGAUCUUCUGCGUGGUGUUCGGUAACGUGCUGGUGUGCAUGGCGGUGUCGCGGGAGCGCGCUCUGCAGACCACCACCAACUACCUCAUCGUCUCGCUGGCUGUGUCCGACCUGCUGCUGGCCACGAUGGUCAUGCCCUGGGGCGUCUACUUGGAGGUGGUGGGGGAGUGGCGCUUCAGUCUCAUCCACUGUGACAUCCUGCUCACCUUGGACGUCAUGAUGUGCACCGCCAGCAUCCUCAACCUCUGCGCCAUCAGCAUCGACAGGUACACAGCGGUGGCGAUGCCGAUGCUCUACAACACUAGAUACAGCUCCAGGAGGAGGGUAGCGGUGAUGAUUGCUGUGGUGUGGUUCCUCUCUUUUGCAAUCUCCUGCCCUUUACUGUUUGGACUCAACAACACCGCCAGCCGGGAAGGCACCACAUGCAGCUUUGCCGAUCCGGCCUUCGUGGUGUACUCGUCUGUGGCCUCCUUCUACGUCCCCUUCAUUGUCACGUUGCUGGUGUAUGCGCAGAUCUGCGUGGUGCUGCGCAAGCGAGGCAGGCGCACUGCGCCUCCGCACCGACACGGCCUGCACUCACAGGGCGUUGCCGAGGCAGGAGAAGGUCACCGACACAGGAAGAGCAAGUGUACACAACCAGAGGAUGUGAAAUUGUGCACCCUGAUCCUGAGGCCCGCCACCGCUGGCCCCCAGUGCAAAAAAGUGACCCUGGUGAAGGAGGUGGUGGUUCACCCCCUCGAAGUGGAGCCGGGUCGGUUCCUGCCGCAGACCGAGCAGAGCCUGGCUCCCCCUCCUGCUCCCCAAACCGCCUCCCACUCUGGACGGGCCAGGAUCUCCCUGGCCAUCUCGGUUGGACCCGCCCCGCUUCAUCCCUCCACCGUGACACGGUCAACCCUGAUGCCCCGCUCCCCCACCCUUGAGGGCGGUAUGAGGGGGCGUGAGGGAUGGAGGGAGCACAGCGCAGGGAGAGAGAAAUGGGGGAUCACCAAGGAGAGGGUGCGAGGGAGGCUGUCGCAGCAGAAGGAGCGGAAGGCGACACAGAUGCUCGCUAUUGUGCUCGGUGUGUUCAUCAUCUGCUGGCUGCCGUUCUUUCUGACCCACGUGCUGAAAGCCCACUGCAGGAGCUGCUGCAUCUCGCCCUCCCUGUACAGCGCUGUCACCUGGCUGGGGUAUCUCAACAGUGCUGUCAACCCCGUCAUCUACACCACCUUCAACAUCGAGUUUCGCAAAGCCUUCAUCAAGAUCCUGCACUGCUGA